CACGUCUGCACUGAGUGAGUGGCAUUGGCACACUGUCAAUCGCUCACUACCGCUGCCAUCAAACAACAUAAAACACACACAGGCAGAGGCUGGAGCUCAUAAAUUUCAGCAGGGCAAGAUAUUUUUUUGCGCAUCGCCUUUAUACAGCGUGUAGCCUAAUUAAUUUCUUCUCGCUGUCGCUUUUUUCCUAUCAGAAUUCUCCAAACUUUUUUCUACAUUUCAUAUUUUUUAUAGUCACAUUUGGGCACAUAUGCCGCAGAUUGUGUAAUUAUUUUUAGAGAUAUUUUCAGUUUGUCGCGGGAAUAAUUUCUGCACAUUUAUAGUUGGCAACAUAUAUGCAAAGCCUAUACCAAUAAGAUUUUUUUCCUUCUUAUUUGUUCACACGUUUCCACAUUGGAUAUUUUGUUGCCUGCGGUUUACGAGGAGGAUUUGGACAUUUUGGAGAGGGAAUGCGCCGGGAAUCCCAUGAAGAGCGCUAAUAAAUGAGAGAUCACCAAGGAGCGUUUCUAUCCACCACCCGUCAAAUCACAGAGAAAAGACAAAUUGGCAUGAGGAUUCGUGCGGGAUACGAUGGACAACGACUGUCAAUUUUGACAACCAAGUUUUAAAAACAAAAAUUUAAAGAGCCUUAUGCAUUUUUGGACACACAUUAUCGCGCGUUUCGACACUUUGGACCGCGCGUAAAAAGGCGACAGGAUAGCGAGAACUUGGACAGAAGAUUUCAGCUCAACCAUCACUGCUAGUCCCUUUAUUUUUAUUCCGGUGUAUGCUCCACAUCGCCGAAGAUCCCCACAGCCGUGCAGUCUCCAGUCUGCGGCACAUGUUGUAGCUGAUUUCGUGUAGCCUAUGAGUUUUUCAAUUUGUGUGGCUCAGUGCACAGACUCUGUAGCGGCUACUAUGGACGAACAAGCCCGGAUCAUGCAGUCCAUCGGCGGUGUCAGUCUGGCUGGCCACUCGGUACAAGGAGGCAUGGCACUGCCGCCUCCACAUGGACACGAUGGGACAGACGGAGACGGAAGAAAGCAAGACAUUGGUGACAUUCUUCAUCAAAUAAUGACCAUAACUGAUCAAAGUCUGGACGAGGCGCAAGCAAAGAAACAUGGGCUGAACUGUCACCGAAUGAAACCUGCACUCUUCAGCGUUCUCUGUGAAAUCAAAGAAAAGACAGGUCUCAGCAUCCGCGGUGCCCAGGAGGAGGACCCCCCGGACCCCCAGCUCAUGCGUUUAGACAACAUGCUGCUGGCAGAGGGAGUGUCGGGACCAGAGAAAGGCGGUGGAUCUGCCGCCGCCGCAGCUGCAGCCGCAGCCUCGGGUGGGGCUGCCGACAACUCCAUCGAACAUUCCGACUACAGAGCCAAACUGACCCAGAUCAGACAGAUCUACCACACAGAGCUGGAGAAGUACGAGCAGGCCUGUAACGAAUUCACUACCCAUGUGAUGAACCUGCUGAGGGAACAGUCUCGCACGCGGCCCAUCUCACCCAAAGAGAUCGAGCGCAUGGUGGGAAUCAUCCACCGCAAGUUUAGCUCCAUCCAGAUGCAGCUGAAACAGAGCACCUGUGAGGCUGUCAUGAUCCUGCGCUCCAGAUUCCUCGAUGCCAGGCGGAAAAGGAGAAACUUCAGCAAGCAAGCGACGGAAAUUUUGAACGAAUAUUUCUACUCGCAUCUCAGCAACCCGUACCCGAGUGAAGAAGCUAAAGAGGAGCUGGCUAAGAAGUGCAGCAUCACAGUUUCCCAGGGGGUGGGAAGCACCAUCACAGUAUCACAGGUAUCCAACUGGUUUGGCAACAAAAGGAUCCGGUACAAGAAGAAUAUUGGCAAGUUCCAGGAAGAAGCCAACCUAUACGCCGCCAAGACUGCUGUAACGGCAGCGCACGCCGCAGCCGCUGCAGUGCAGAACAGCCAGACCAACUCCCCUACCACACCGAACUCCGGAUUCCAGAUGAAAGAUGAAGAGUUUCAGCUGGAUUCUGCAGAGAGCAAAAACACUCUUUUAACCAACAUGUUUACUGGUUCUUCAGGUUCUUUUAACCUCCCAAACUCUGGGGACAUGUUCUUGAGCAUGCAGAGUCUGAAUGGGGAUUCUUACCAAGGGGCACAAGUCGGAGCCAAUGUACAGUCACAGGUGGAUACCCUGCGCCAUGUUAUCAGUCAGACGGCAGGAUACAAUGAUGCUCUUGGGGGGAACACGAUGUAUAGUCCACAUGGCUUGAAUGCAAAUGGGGGAUGGCAAGAUGCAACGACUCCAUCUUCUGUAAUAUCUCCGACAGAAGGACCUGGAAGUGUGCACUCCGAUACCUCGAAUUGAUCUGCUAUUAAUGCAUCUUAGCCCCGAGCAGGGCAUGGACUCUUAUUGGCUGACCAACCGCGGAGGAUAUACAAAACCUUUUCACAACUAAUUCUUUCUUGUACCUUGAAAUCCCCAUCACUACGCCACCCAUACAAAAUUAACAUUCUCUGUUAUGAACACCCAGUGUUUUCUUGAUCGUUCAGUGUUUUUUCUCUCGAUCUCCAUGAAUCUCACCGACUGUACUCGUCAUGCUCUUAUUUGUUGUUUGUUGUAGGGGUAAGCACACAUAUGUACAAAUAUGAAACAGCCCUCAGAUCUGACUCGUUUUUUGAAAAUCAACGACGUCCUCCAGGUGCAGACACGGAGAGAAGUCUUUCACCUGAGCUUAAAGAGUACUGGAUGACGCUGUCACAUGUAUUUUGAAGACAUUUACAUGGCCAUGUGUUUAUCUUGAUUCACUUUGUAUUUUCUAUUUUGAUGAUUGAUUUUUUUUUUCUUGGUCUUAACAAUACAGAGAUUAAAGGAGCUGUUUCUUUGACUGUAAUGUGUUUGCGAUCUUGUCCAGCAACUCAACAAUGCUACUGUUGACAGCUCAAUGGCAGCUUUGUAGUUACUUUCAAGAUUUAUUUUGCCUUACAGCCAUAUGUUCUCAGUACAUUAGUACAAGGAAAUGACUAUUCAAACUCUGGAACAUAAAGAAGUAUAAUUGAUUGCUUGACUAUAAAGUGACACCAUUCCAUAUUUUAUAAUUUGAUGUUAUGUAUGUACAUAUGUAAACAUGUUGGUUUUGUUUUGUACGACUAAUGGAAAUCAACAAAUUCCCUACAGUACUGCACUUCCUUUUGGCACACAAGAAUACAGCCCCCAUUAAACAGGAAAUGAUGUACAUAAUAUAGCUUAAGAGUAAUUAUACAUCCCACCAAUCAAUACACAGCUUUAUUACCUCAUUCAAAUUCAUAGAAACCAAUAAUUUUCAACAUUUCUGUAGCUUAGAGUGCUCACUUACUACCUCUAAACAAUAUCACCACCAUAGUUUUUUUUUUGCCCUUAUUUAACGUUUUUAUGUAGUUAUUUUGAUUACAUCUUGUAACAUUGUAAACUCUUCAUUCUCCAUGUAAUCUAAUGUAUAUUUUAAUCUUUUAAUAAAAUACAGUUGCUGUACUGCAACUUAAAAUGACAAAAAUAAAAAAAAUGGAAAUGAUAAUAUUAAUACCAUGAAAAGUGGGAGGGGGAAAAAAUGAAAACAAAGUUGUUGGUCGGUGGCUUUUAUGAGGGGGAGCGUUGAUAAAUUAACACCAAACAGUGAAACUGUUGUAAAUACUGAAGAACAUUUUGAAUGUUGCUCAUCUUGUUACUAAACCAUGCAAAAAAGAAAAAAAAUCACUAUAAAAACUGUAAUGCAUAGAGGUUUCAGUAUUCAGAACUGUAAAUUUCCGGCUCUGUUCAACAGGGUUCAAACUUCUUUUCUCUUUUUUCUAUUGUAUGUGAUUCUGAAACUGAAAGUCAUGACAAAUGAUUUGUGGCAGUGAUUCUAAUGUAUUAAAAAUGUUUAGUGUUUCUUUCUAACCAGACUACACCCUGGACUGAAAAGUCUUCCUUGUGGUAGUUGUGUAAUUUCAAACAUGAAUAAACCUUUUGCUUUCAUGA